GGCGAUGUGGUGGGCGGGAGCCUGAGCCACCAGAGCUCCGGGAGCAGGUGGAACCGGGGCUGUAGCCCACUUGGAGGAGCUGAGUGGGUCUUCACGGGGACAAUGGAGCUGCUCAAGCUGAACCGCACUAUUCAAGGACCCGUGCCGGGGCCGGAGUCCUCCUUGUGCCCCCCGGGUGUCCCCCUCCUCAACGGCAGCAGCGCGGGCAAUCUCAGCUGCGAGCCCCCUCGCCUCCGCGGAACCGGGACCAGAGAGUUGGAGCUGGCCAUUAGAGUCACCCUUUAUGCCGUGAUCUUUCUGAUGAGUGUUGGAGGUAAUGUGCUCAUCAUUGUGGUCCUGGGACUGAGCCGGCGCCUGAGAACUGUCACCAAUGCCUUCCUGCUCUCACUGGCAGUCAGUGACCUCCUGCUGGCUGUGGCUUGCAUGCCCUUCACACUCCUGCCCAACCUCAUGGGCACGUUCGUCUUCGGCACAGUCAUUUGCAAAGCCGUUUCCUACCUCAUGGGAGUGUCAGUGAGUGUGUCCACUCUAAAUCUCGUGGCCAUCGCCCUUGAGCGGUACAGCGCCAUCUGCAGACCGCUGCAAGCACGAGUGUGGCAGACUCGCUCCCAUGCAGCACGGGUGAUCUUAGCAACGUGGCUUCUGUCAGGACUGCUUAUGGUACCUUAUCCUGUGUACACCGCGGUACAGCCAGUGGGGUCUCGAGUACUACAGUGCGUGCAUCGCUGGCCCAGUGCGCGUGUACGCCAAACCUGGUCAGUGCUGCUGCUAAUGUUCUUGUUCUUCAUCCCGGGCGUGGUUAUGGCGGUGGCCUACGGGCUCAUUUCUCGCGAGCUCUACCUUGGGCUUCGCUUUGAUGGUGAUGACAGUGAGACCCAAAGCCGGGUCCGAAACCAAGGAGGCCUGCCCGGUGGGACAGCAUCAGGGCCUGUCCAUCAGAACGGGACUUGCCGGCCGGAGUCUAGCCUGGCUGGGGAAGACAGCGAUGGCUGUUACGUGCAACUUCCGCGUUCCCGUCUGGAGAUGACAGCUCUGGCCACGCCCGCUCCUGGAUCAGGCCCAGGCCCUCGACCCAACCAGGCCAAGCUGCUGGCUAAGAAACGAGUGGUGCGAAUGCUGUUGGUGAUUGUUAUGCUUUUCUUCCUGUGUUGGCUGCCAGUGUACAGCGCCAACACGUGGCGCGCCUUCGAUGGCCCAGGAGCACACCGGGCACUCUCAGGGGCCCCUAUCUCUUUCAUUCACUUGCUGAGUUACGCUUCUGCUUGUGUCAACCCCCUGGUCUACUGUUUCAUGCACCGCCGCUUUCGCCAGGCCUGUCUGGACACAUGUGUCCGCUGUUGCCCACGGCCUCCACGAGCUCGCCCCCGGCCUCUUCCGGAUGAGGAUCCUCCUACCCCCUCCAUCGCUUCACUGUCCAGGCUAAGCUAUACCACCAUCAGCACACUGGGACCUGGCUGAGGGGUUGAAAGGGUGGAGGGUGAGACAAGACACAUGACCCCUAUAAGCUGACCCAUCCAAACACUUAAUGAAACCACCAGGACGAAUCCAGGUGGACAUCCGACAGCAUGGAUAGACCCCUACACACAGAAAAUGUUAUCUUUGCUGCUCCACCUGAAAUAGAUAGUCUCGCACAAGAAAGAAGGCACACUUCUGAUAUGGGACUGAGUCCCACCCUAGGCACGUGACACUGACUCCACUGGAUAGAUGACCCCAAUGUCUGUAGAUGUGAAUUUCCCACACAACAAGAGCUCUGACAAGGGCUGACUGGCUCCUCAUAUGUAUACAUUAUUGGCACUAUUCUAUAGUGCCCAUGGCCUAGUGUAGGACUGACUUAGGAUGUUGCAGACUGUCACCAUUUUGACCUCAUCAUUCCUUUCCUCACCCCAGCAUUGAAAAUAUCAAUAGGCUUAAUCACACACCUUCCCAACAUGCAGACCUUUCAGCAAAGAAAGGUCCCCUCAUCCUUUUCCAUUAGAGACUCUGGCCCUGCCCCUCUUCCUUCACCAGAUCACCUCAUAAGAUAAUAAAUGACUUAGUGUCCUCUUGGACUUUCUGAAUAUUGGGAGGUAAGUGACCAAGUGUGGAUUAUGUAAAGGCUUCUUCAUCUAUUUUCUUCUGCAACUACUUAACCCUGUGUUCAACCUUGUGCAAAAAUGUCUUGGUAUGAGGAUAGACAGGGAUGAGUAUAUCCUCACACGAUUCUCAUCUUGAACCUACCCAUACUCCAGUGAUGUCAUUGCUGGGAUUCAACGUGGCAGGUGGGAUACCCAUGACACUUCAUGAUUCCUGAGUACAUUCUCCCAUUUGAUGCCAUUGUUAAAGUACUCUAUUAAUGGAUACUUGUUAAAAUUUUGAUGAAAAGAUGAAAGACUACAUAAAACUUAGAUUAUUUAGUGUGUGUUUGAAACAACAGACUGUGGCAGGUACAUAGAAAUUAAUUGAAGAGAGGGGUCUUUUUAUUACAUACUCGAUCUCCUUUAGUUUCAGAAACUGGCCAAGAUGCAGUUGAAUAGAAGUACCUUCACUAAAUGUAGCAACAAAGAGACCUGAGGGUGACUGGAUGGAAUGUAGGACUGGGGGUCAGUGUGAGUCUCAGAGCCCAACUUCCCUUUUGACCAUAAAAUUCAUUGAGCCCCAAAGAAAGGCAGAGACCAGCAACCUCAUCGCUUCAUACACACACACACACACACACACACACACACACACACACACACACACACACACGAGAGAGAGAGAGAGAGAGAGAGAGAGAGAGAGAGAGAGAGAGAGGUACAACAAGCAGAUGAGGAAAGGAAGGAAAGGAUAGACAAGAAUAACCAGAAGCAAAGUAUUAGAAGAAAGAUCCUUGGUGCUUUAUCUGGCAAUAGAUAGGGGAAAUGGGAUGUUUUAGAGUUACUGUGGCUGUGAUGAAACACCAUGACCAAAAGCAAGUUGGGGGAGAAAAGGUGUAUUUGGCUUAUACUUCAUAGUCCAUUAUUUGAGUUCAAAUUGGAACCUAGAGGUAGGAGCUGCUGCUGAGGAUAUGGAGGGGUAUUGCUUACUGACCUGCUCAACAUAGCCUGCUCAGCUUGUCUUGCUCAGCUUGCUUUCUUAUAGAACCCAGGACCACCAGGGAUGGCAUCACCCACAAUGAGCUGAACCCUCCCCCAUCAAUCACUAGUGAGGAAAAUGCCCGACAGGCUUGCCUACAGCCAGUUCUUAUGAAGGCAUUUUCUUUUGUUUUUUAACUUUAUUUUUAUUUAUUCUUUGUGUCUUUCCCAUAAUGUAUCUUGAUCCUAUUCAUUUCCCUGCCCCUUUAAAUCCUCCCUCUGCCCUUGCAACCCCCCAAAAUAAAAUAAAAUUUAAGAGAAA